AUGGCGACGUUCACUAGAGGGAAAGUCUUUGGCGUGGUUUUUGUGUUGAUUUUGCUGUAUAUACUGAACAAAUCAAUUGUUAUGAAUAUGGAGAACUCAACAUUAAGAGCAAAACUAUUAAGGUUUCAGUUUUCAUGUAUAAUUAUGUCUGGAAUGACGCUUAUCUGUUGCUAUUUAUGGAGAAACUUAUCCACCGUGCUAGAUUCGACGCAGGACAAAGUCCAUAGUGAAACAGAGUCAAAUGAAUGGAGAUUAUUUAUUGACUUUAAAGAUAUCAGAGAAUGGAGAUCAUAUACAAUAAAUGCUGCGAUAUCUCGUCUAUUAUUAGCAGCUGUACUGAUAUCGUCACUAUUUUCAUACUCCUCAUUUUCUUUCCUGAUUGCAAUAAAUCCUUACAAACUGGCUAUUUGGCUGUUCCUUGCAUUAGCUGUAACGAUACAACUUUUCACCGCAGUUGUUUUCUUGAAAAUUGUGAAUUUAAUCUUACGCCUAGGAGGGCGGAAAAAGACGAGGACAUUUAGCAAACUUUCCAAAAUACAACAGAUAUCCGCCUUCGUGUAUGCAAUGUUAAUUGUCAUGUUUGGAUAUAUCAAUGCUCAACAACCGCCCACUAUCAAAGAAGUAACAAUACCUGUCGAGGGCCUUCCAGAAAAUUUAGAAAGGCUCUCAAUAACAUUUGUGUCAGACAUUCAUCUGGGUCCAACUAAUGGAAUGGACAGGUUGAAGAAAAUUAUUAAUAUGAUCAACUACUUAAAUUCAGAUAUGGUGAUAAUUGGAGGUGAUCUGGUUGAUGGACGUGUUGAUCAGUUACAUGAUGCUGCAGUACCAAUCAGCUGGAUCAAUUCUAAAUAUGGAACCUACUUUGUUACAGGUAAUCAUGAGUACUACACAACUGAUGCUGAGAACUGGUUGGUGAAGUUAAAAUCACUUGGUGUAAUCCCACUACACAACAUCAAUGUGAAAAUAUCUGCUGACAAGGGACAAACUGGCAUAUGUCUGGCUGGUGUAGAUGAUCCUACGGCAGAUCAGUACAAGUUUGGGGAUCACACUAUGGACCUCGAUGGGGCUCUGGGUUCAUGUGACGUUGAGAGCCCUGUAAUUCUAGUGGCUCACCAGCCCAAGGCUGCUCAAGCUGCACUUCAAUCUAAGCACAGAGUGGAUCUAGUCCUGUCAGGUCACACACAUGGCGGCCAGUUCUUCCCAUUAAUCAUUCCUGCGUACCUGAUGAACCCAUUCUAUGCGGGCCUGUAUCGCCAUGGUGACCAUUCCCACGUUUACGUCUCCCAAGGAACACUGUUUGCCUCAAUACCCAUACGGUUUGGAACUACCAUGGAGAUUACUAGAAUAUUUUUAACCCAAGCUUAGGCAUUUUGUUUAGAGAUGUGUCUCUGUGAAUAUAUUUGUUUGUCUAUCUUUUACAUAAGCUUUAAAAGACAAUUAUUGAGUGGUUAUAAAAGUUGCAUUCCAAAUGUUGCAUUCAAUUUACAUUUCAAACAGCUAUGGAGAUUUUUACUAACACUUUAGCCACAUAAUUCUCAUUCGAACUUUGGUGCCAUAUCCCAGAUUAUCACUUUUACGUGGCAAAUUUUUGUCCUGUAAAAAGCUUACGUGAACAAGUGAUGAACAAGGAUGAAUACUAUUUCUUCUCUGUGCUCAAGAAUUUGUUCUGUGAUUUUAUGUUUCUGUGAUUUAAAGGCGCACAAAUAUAAUUGUUCAUUUUGAUGCAUAGUCAUGUUUAACUCACUUUGGUUUAAUGAUCAAAACAAAAAAAGCAUUUGAUUUAGGUAGAGAUGAAAAAAUAUUAGCGAAAUUUUGGUGCUUUUUUAACUGGGAAAUUUGUGGCAUGUAGCUAUUGAUUAAAAGAUAACAUUUAUAUGGUUAAUGUUUUAUAUCUGUACCAAAUUUUUAAAACUACUGAUAUUGUGCGCCUUUUAUUGUUUUUGUCAGUCAUAAGCAUAACCCUAAAGACAAUACCGGGUAGUUAUAACACUUGAAUCCUUGUUUAUUGGUUGUGCAAUUUCUAAAGUAUGGGCCUGUUUUAUCAAUGAUUGCUAAUUCUGAGUACUCAGUGGUAACGCAUACAUGUUUUUUGUUUUGGAACAAGUUUCUUCACUCAUAAAAAAACACUAGGCACAUUUGAAUCUUUAAGUAGAACUUUUCAUUUGAUUUUUAACACAAAGAUAUGUUUAAGUGAAAAUGGUCAUCGCUAUUAUAUAAUUUUUUUGUUAUAAAUUCAUUGAUGAGGCAGCCCAGUGUAUUCUAGUCCAAUAGAUGUAGUUAUUAAUUUAUUACUAUAAGUAUUAUUUUAUAUAGUAUUCAUGAAAAACAAACGCAUUAUUGCAUGUUUGAUGAAUUUGUUGGAAUUGCGUUUAUUUGUUAAGGCAUAAAAUGCUUUUGAAACUGAAAGUAACUGUCUCAGUCUGUAAGUUGCAUCCUUUAGUACAUUUUAGUUGAAUAACUCAAGCAAUGAUCAUUGAAUGAUAAUUUAAUUUCAGACAUGGUUACAUGUCUAAUAGAAGGUUACUAAUAUGCAGUCACGUCAAGUUUAAGCUGUUGUGUUAAGCCAAAUGUCUCUCUUUAAAGUCUUGCCUCUUUUCCAUUUAUAACUGUACUCUUAUAACAAUAAAUUAAGUAUAUAAGUAUUUACCAAAUUAAAUUUAAGUAAAUAACUGUUUUCUAAUAGUAAUAGAUUGAGUAUUACAAUGUUACAUAAUUGAAUAAUAAGCUUCAAAUGGAAUAAUUCAAUAAAAUGGAUAGUUUGCAUAAUUUGUGACAGUAGCCAUAACUGAAUCAAAGUGCUGCAGGCACUGGUGGAAUCACUGUGUGUUGGUUUUUGAGGCAUUGAAAGUUUCAGUUGCAAGAGUUGUAUUAAGGAAUUUGGUGCGCAAUGCUUAAUGUUAAAGUUUGAUUAAGGAUUACAACAUGCAGUUGUUGUUGUUUUUUCGGCUAUUUUUUGGGGCUGAAAUUUGGCCUUAUUUCCGUCCUGAAAAAGGAUUUUCCCCCUACACAGUGCAAAAAUCCCCUUAAAAAUAAAAAUAAUAAUAAUUUGGGAGCUUUGAACUCUUAUCAUUAAGCAAGCGUGGCAUAUUAGUGACAUUUAUUGAUAUGUUGUAAGGUUUUUUUUUAUUUAAAGGUUAGACAACAAGUUGAACAUUAAAUAAAUCAUUUUCCCCCUUUUUAUCAAAACGACUUCAUUUCAUCCCCUAUCACAGGGCCCCUUCACCAUUCCAAGUGUAAUUGAGAAAAAAAAAAGAUUAUGUUCUGCUGACAAACACCGACUCUUCUGGUCCCACACAGACGCCUCUCGGUUCCAGUAUCCGGUCACCUUUCACGUCUCUGCUUUUGCCAGUCAGAUGCCUACUGUGUUA